CCACAUAACUUUGCAAAUAGUUUUCUGGAUUCCACGUUUGAGAGUUCACAACAACAGUUCUUUUGCCGAUUAAAAUUUACCGCGUACAUAAUACGGGUGCGGUCACCGUCUAAGGCGUAAUAUGCGAAAUCUACAACGUAUUUCCCCUAUGACUAUGCCGGUCACGGUAUGAAUCGCAGCUACAGUAUAGUUACGUUACGUGUGUGACAAUAUCAUAUAUAUCGGUCGCGCAUGCUUCACGCGCUGACUCGUCCGCUCCAACAUUCUAAUUCGAAUUUUUACCGCUUGCCGCUGCAAGAAUUUGUUUGUCUUUUAUUGUCAAGUAUCAAAUUCUAUAUCGCUGGCCAAACGUCACUUGAUGUUUGAACUAAACAUUCUCAGAUGUAUUAACACAGCGCUGUACCUGCAGCCGGUGCCGGCAAGAGUCUGUGAGCUGUACGGAUUAUGAUUAUUCUGCGUCUUCCUUGUACGUAUCUGUAGCAUCUGCAGAAUGGUGGGAGCUGAUUUCCUGUUUGGAUCUUCUGUGUGUAUGGACUUCGUAUCUUCUUAUUAUGCCUCUUCAUUCUCCUCAUUCACACCCACAAACAAUUCCUUCUGGCAAAAUCUUGAGGUGGAACUUAACCGGAAAUCCUCGCCGGAUCCGUGGGGAGGAACAGAUGAUGACAAGGAUAUAGAGAUAGUCAUCCUGGGUGAAAAAAUCCAUACUGUUUUUGAAUUAUCGGAUCCAUACCCUUUUCCUGCUUUAUUAAUGCAGGAUCUGGAAUGCCUCUCAGCGGGAGAUGAUUCCUCAUCGCACCUAUCAGUACAGAGCCUAAGUGCGCCCGGUUCACCGACAUCGGUGAAUUCCUCCGAUGCAUCCGUGCUUUCCUCCGACAACUCUUCGGAGCCUAAAUUAUUUCAGUGUACACAUCCGUCAUGCGGAAAGGUCUACUCCAAAAAUUCUCACUUACGAGCACACCAAAGACGCCAUACCGGCGAAAAGCCGUUUAUAUGUAACUGGCAAGGUUGCGCCUGGAAAUUUUCCCGCAGCGAUGAACUGGCUAGACAUAAGCGGUCUCACAGCGGAGUAAAGCCAUACAAUUGCCGACUAUGCCAGAAGAAAUUCAGCCGUUCAGAUCACUUAUCUAAACAUAUGAAAAUUCACCGGAAACGGGGUGAGAUUGUGUAAACGGUGUGGAAAUUUAUAUUACUAAUACCCGGACUUUGUUUAUCUCCUACAAAACAUUUUGCUCAAGUCAGUGUGCAGCAUGCAGCAGCAGUGCAGCGCAGCGCGCAUGUGGAAUGUAUUCGCUAUAUAUUACACAGAUUUCGUGGUCCAGAUGCUAUACAUUUCUAUAGCGUGUGCAUUUCUGACAUUCCAGUGCGGAUAAUCUGAAAAAUAUCAUGCCGUUUCCUGUUAACUUUCUAGUCAAUGAUGUAACAAAGUUGUUGUUUUCUAAACCAGUUUGUGUCAAAAGAAAUUCGGUUAUAUACUGCAGUGCAGCGGCGGCAGAGCUGUAUUCCUUCCGUCGUUGGCGAACGAAGAGUGCAUACCGUGCCGAAGAAAACAUUAAAAUCAUG